GUGAGGGAGGGAGGACGCGCCGUCCGUCAGUGCAACGCGAGCUACGGACGAGUGCGGACCGUGCGUGCGUGCGCGCGCGCGCGAUUAACGUCGCGACGUUUUUGCGUCAGUAGGCGUAAUCGCGAUCGUCGAGCGUCGUCGUCGGCAUCGUCGCUUGGCCGUUUCUUGCCGCGCUUAGCAAAACCCGUCGACUCGAAUCGCGGGAGAAACCUGUCGUCGGUUAUUCGCGAGCGAUAACGUCGCCGGGCGACGUUUCUACGCGACGCGCCCCCUCCCUCCAUCUCGCGAGCGCCUCGCGAUGCGAGUUCGAGAGUCGCGAUAGUCGCGAUAGUACGCGCUGCAACGCGGGAAAAAGCGGAUGCGCCUGUUGGCGUGCGGCGGGGGUGUAUCCGACGAGGGAUGAGCGCCAGAGAAGUCACCCUCCACGGCGGGUCCCCCUGGGGCUUCCGCAUGCACGGCGGCUGCGACACGCAUCAACCCCUGCGCAUUUCCAGGGUGAAUCCGGGAAGCAAGGCAGCUCAGCAGGGGGUGAGAGAGGGUGAUCUGAUCAGUAACAUUAACGGGAGGAGCACCCGAGAUCUGACCAACAGCGAGGCGCACGCUCUGCUGCGUAACUCUGGGGAACAGUUAAAGCUCGGUCUCAACCAGGAGAAUACCGGCUCGCCGAAGAGGAGGAUCUACAAGAGCAGUCUGCAGGAGAAUACCACCACCGAGAUCCACAACAAGAUCACCACGAGGACCACCACGACCACGCGCACACGAACGGAAGCGGAAAAGAACGUCGCCAAUGACACAAAAGUCGAGCAGAGCUACGCCAAUCAAAACGGUGCUCUGAAGAGCUGCUCGAGCGAACAACGGAGCGACGUUAAGAAAGGGCAACAUCGCGGUCAGCCGGAUUACGCGACCGACGCGGAGGAUUGCACCGGGAUGCCGCAGGGCAACCGUAAUCGCGCCCGUAGAAGUCGGAAUCGUCGGCGACCACCUCAGCGACCGCCGAACAUCGCGGAAUCCUCGCGAAAUGAAAGUGAGCAGCGGAAGCCCGAGGAGGAGACGCCGAUGAUCUCCACGAACGAGGAACGCGGCAACGACAAUGUCAACGAGGAUAUCAAUGACGAUAUCAAUGAUGGCAUCACCAGCGUCGACAGCGUUUCGAAGACGAACGACUCCACUCAAGCGGAGAAACCGGCGAACGCGAAUCCGCUCGAGAAUCGCGACGAAGGAUCGCUGAAUCGCGAGUAUCGAGUCCGGCUGGAUGACAAACAUAGGAUCGAGAAGAUUCAGCUGACAGAAUCCCGACCGAGGAUAAUCGAGAUCACGACCAUCAGCAGUCUUCCCCUUGAAGCGACGAUCAGCCACAUCACUGGGGUGGGCAUCCUGGAGACCGGAAGCGGCGACCGGACGUCAAAGCCGUCAGUAGUGACGAUUUCGGAACCCGUGGAGCUGAUGCAACCGCUCGGCGAUCGCGCGGCCAAGGAGAAUCGACUGGAAAUCCGGGAGGUCACCGACAGCGACGCGGAGGUCGACUGCGGCCCGACGAUCAUCGUCGAAUUUGAAUCCGAUGCGGAAAGGGAGUCGAUCGGGGUGCAGGAGUCCGAGGAUCACGAAGAGUUCAAGCGGAGGACGCAAAUCGGCCAGGAAGUCGCGCCGCAGAGAAAGUUCCCCAAACCGGAAGCGGAGUCCCCGACCUCGAUGUGGGCGACGGUGAUGCCGAGGGACGUCGAGAAGAAGCUGCGAAACUUCAUCGAAGACCUGCAAUUACCAAGCUUCUCCGAGGAGGUGACGGCCGAGGAGGAGGGUGGAUCCCACGAGAAAAUCCCACAGGCGACGAAGGAGAGCAGAUCGCUUGAGAAAGUGACCGCCUCGUCGCGCUGGAAGACGAAGAAGCGCACAAUAUCGACAUCGCAUUACGCCAACAGUUUUCUGGAUAUCAUACAAGAGGAGGGCGAGAGAUUGUCGGAGGAUGAGGCGCAGCACAUCAGGGAUUUCAUAAAUGAAGAGAUCAGCAAGUACCGGCGCGAGGACAGGCACUCCACUGAGAGAACACAGACAGACAGGGCUGAAUCGAAAGGAAACGAUCCUGAGAAGAUCGAGACAGCUUCUACACAGUUUCGUGAGUGCAACAUUAAAAUCAAAAGCGACGCGACGGAAACUGACAUUUCGGAAUUACCACGCUCGUGCGGCGAAUCGGAUAAUUUCAAAAAAUCUGAAAACAUUAAGUCAGUUUUCGUUAAAGAUACCACGGAUUAUGAAAUGCCAGGUAUAAAUGUACAUAUAAACGACACUAGUCCUGCGGUCGAGACAAUAAACAGAAAAAUAGAUACGAUGCAUGAUGCAUCACUUAACGAACUCUCGACGAAUACAGCAAACACAAUGCAAAAUAAUUUAAAAGCAGAGGGUCAUUGCAUUGUUGAGAAAAUUGAGACAGUGAAAAAUACCUGCGCUGUGAAUAUUAAUAAAACAAUAUUAGCAAAUAAUAAAAUGCAGGAUACUAAGAAAAAUGCGCUGGUAAAGCAUUCUGCAUCACCAGAUGACGUAAAUCAUGUACCUAAAAAUACAGAAGAUAACAAAUUAUUUGAAAUCGAGACAGCUGGAGAAUCAAAGAAGCGCGACAAUUGUCAAAAAAGCACAGAAGUCACAUCCAACAAUCAAGAUGCGUCACAAGCGGAUGAUAAAAUUGACUCAUUUUCGUAUCCGCUGCAAGGCAAAGCGAUCUCGUCGAGAACGAAGCAACCUCCACCUCUCCCGAAGAGAUCGUCCAGCUUCGGUCACGAGCCUCAGAGACCGCCGACGCCACCUGAAAUAGACUAUAUUCCGAGUAUUGGAAACAUCCAUCAGCCGCUUGUUGCGACGAGCGACGAAUCCAGGUCGACAAAUUUACUCGCACGGAAGGUGCGCGCGAGUCGCGAGGCCGAGGUCGUGGAAGAACCGCCACGACGGCCGGAGCUUCCCAAGGAUGUAGACUCUUCUACAAGGAUCAGAGAGACUUUCGAAAACAGCCCCUCGCGCGAAUCUUCCUCAAGCAGCGUCCACGUCGACGAAACUUGCUGUCGCGUGAACCGACGACUCGAACAAACGAAUGACCCUUUGCAAGUUGGGAAUGUCGAGAGUUUGGCGGAAGACGGACGAUCGAUCGCGUCAUCGGGUAUUCGCGACGAUGAUCUGUCACACUCGCGCGGCGUCGGGACGCCCGGCGUUGCGUUGGCAAGCGCGACGUGCACGGAAAUAACACGCCGCGAGGAAGGGAAGUCCGCGACGCUCGGUGCACCACCGACACAUAAUCGAAACGCAUCGCCGAGCCGGCAGGAGGGUGAAGCCGAGGUGUGCAGGCGUCCUGCGGACCGGGACCGAUCAGGAAAGGAGAACUUCCGGGUGAACCAAGGUGCGGCUGCUCCGACCGAACGACUGAAGAGGAAUAAAUCAGAUAUUACCUCGACUUCUUUGGUAAAGGACAAGGCAGCGAUGGGUUCUUCGAGUACCAAGAACAAAAAGAAACUCCAAGAGAAGGAGGAGACUGAAAAGCCAACGUCCAGCUUCCGCCGUGAGCGAAUAGUGAAGAGCAAGACAUCGGAGACGAGGAUAAUCGAGGAGAGCACGAGCAUUAACCAGAGAGACGGUCUCGAUAAUCCCAAAUAUUCGACGUGGGAGUCGAGGAGCGAGGAGAGACACGAGGAAGAAACGCGUAGUACGUCACGGCAAAGUAACGCGCGGAAUCCGUCCGACGACGAGGAGGCGAGUCUUCAAAGGGUGGACGCCCUGGCGAACGGUGACCUCGUGUCCGAGGGUGAGGCGGGCGAUAUGCAAGGGCACGACUCGUCUAGUAGUACCACGUCCUUCAGCACUAUAAGACAUCGUCCAUCAGGCGCGUCGCUAACUGACAUCAGCGCGAUCGUCCGCGAGAUGAAGGAGAACGAUAAUGCUUCCAAUCUGAAGGAGGAGUCCGAGUCCCUAAAGAAGAAAUUGACUCUAUUAAAAUGCGAAGGAUCCACCGGAGAGACAGUGGGAAACAAUUCGGAAUCGCCGCAGCCGGUUCCCUACUCGCCCGUGGAGGAUCUCUAUUACGCGCCGCUGAUCGAAGCCAGAGAAGUCGUCAAAGAGGUCCCCGAGGACAUCUCGAAGGAUGCGAUGGGUCGUCCAGCCUCGCUGAGGGAGCUCUGCGUCAAGAAGAUUCUGUCGAUGCCGUUUGGGCCGCAGGUGAUCGGCGAGAUCACCACGCCGCGGCUGAACAUCUUCGAGAGUCUGCGGACUCUGCAGAGGUUUGUGAGUAACGUGCCGCCGGCGGACAGCGUUCGCCGACGCGAUGAUAACGCCCGAUUGAGCUCGAUGCAUGGAGUGAGUGAUCAACGACACGGACUAACGAAAACGCCACGAGGCGACGAGCCGGUGCGCCCUAACGACGUUGAAAACGAUGUUUCAGACCGGAUUUCAGACCGGACCGGCUUGCGUUCAGCAGUUAAUAUUGAAUUGUCAGAGUCGGACGGCGAGAUGGAGCGUCAGUGCUGGAGGGGUCUCUCCACCAAGGAAGAUCCCAGGCUCCUGGUGUGCUUAUCUCCAUCGCAGCAGGCCACGCGUGUACGCGCGAGCGCGGACACCCUGCUGGACCUCCAUCGCAAGUUCCUGAAUCGCUACAGCUACCGCGAGGAACAGCCGCAGUACGUCCCGGUGCCACAAUAUCGGGUGCACAUCUCUCCGACGAGCGCCAAAGAGGACGGUGACGCGACCCUGAAGGCACCCAAACCGCCCACUCGCGCGUUCCAUCGUGACGCCGACGGUUCGAGCAGCCGGCUGCUGGAGAUCAUCAAAGAGGAGCGGAACGGUUCAUCAGGUGGCGUGAUCGCGGAUCGCCAGUUGAAGAGAACGACUGACGUUGAAGGCGUCAUGGGCUCCUCCGGUCACGACGAGGGUCAAGAACGUCUGAAGGCCGCUAGUUUGAGUGACUGGCCGAACCUGGCCAGACACGAUCGCCAGAGUACCACUGCGAACGGGCUAUUCUUGGCGGCGGUGAGGGGCGAGGACGGCGAAUCAAGGAGAGACGAUAAGCCGGCCGGUCACGUGGCCCGGCCAGAUCAGUCCGAUAUUACAUGGUCCAUCGCCGCCGAGGCUGGACAUCGAAAUGAUACCGCAACAGCGCGCGACUCGGAGAGGCCGUUCGCCAAGGGCUCGUUUGCGCUCAACAGUGCAAUCAUCGAUCGAUCGAUGGAUAUUGCUGAUAAGAGGACGCCGCCACCGCUCAGGAAAACAACUGACCCAGGCAAGCACGUAAACCCGGCAUUGAUCGACGACAGACUCGAAGUGCCACCGUUACCGAAACGUAUAGUCACCGUCGACAGAUCAUGCAUCGACACGACGAGCAUUUUUCACCAGAAUCCGCCACGCAGCCACUUGGAGCCUCGUAAGGUCCAUCAUGAAGCCUCACCGGAGAAGCUGAAGCACGUAGCCGCCAUAGAGAUCAUGGAUAAGCUGAAGAAGCUGCAGACGGAGACGUCGCGACGUCUUGAUGACAACAAAAGAAGUUCACUGUCGCAGGAAUACUUUGUCCAGCAACUCAAGUACAUCGAGCUGCUGGAGGAGCAGCUGAAGAACGUGAUUCUGGCCGAGGAGGAGGAGAGAAAGGCCUUCGAGGAAUUCCAAACGCAGUAUCAUCGAACGAAGCGGUGCGACGACGCAAGGAAAUCGUCGCUCGGCGACGAGGAGACCUCGCGGAAAACCAGCACGGCUGGUGAACGCGAACGUGAAAUUCCGAUCCAUGUCGGCGACGGGACGACAAGCGGGAAAUGUGCGCGGGAAAAGCGAGAGGAGAAUCGCUUCUUGGAGAGGAAGACCUGUCAAAGCGAGCCGGAAAUUCAGAAGGAAUACUGGCGAGAGAAAUCGCGGAAUGUGGAAGCGGAUCGCACCGAGACGAUCAACAAAACGGGUAGCCGGCAAUUCCAGAAGAAGUCCUACCACGAGAACGGCGUUCACGAAGAGGAGGAGUCUUCGGAGAGUAUCGAACGUGAGGAGCGUCGCGUAAUCACCCGGAAGGAAAACAAGAGUCCGUUGGCAAACGGAGGAACCAAGCACGAAAAGAUCGAUGAAGCUGAUGGGUCUCACGCUGAUACGUGGACGGCGAAGGCGACACCGAAGGACGACUUUAAAACGUCCACCGAGAGCACAAUUCUACCGGAUCUUCGUAAGCAUAUUGAAAUGAAGAGUCCGACGACGACAACGACGAUGAUGAUGACGACGACGUUGCCUACGAAUGGCGAGGCUUUUCGCCAGCGGAUGUACGACGAGUACGUGCGCAAGGUGCUGGAACGGCAGGAGCGUAGAAACCACAAAGUCGUAAAGAUCAGCACGCACGAGGACAUCAAGUGCAGGUCGAACGGCAACUCGAGCGACAACAUGAGCGUGAUGGCGCGAGAGUUCAUCGAGAAGGCGCGGAGUCGGCUGAGCAAAUUCGGGAUCGACCUCGACGGCAGCGGAACGGAGCACGAGGAGGAGCACGAGGGUGAUGUGAUCAGCGCCAGGUUCCUGGUCGAUGGCAAGGAGCUCGAGGACGCGCGGAGGCUGCCGAAGCACCUGCGGGAGUUCCUGAAGCUCUCCGAGACGAUGACGGACGAGGGGAACAGCUGCAAUUUCGCUGCAAGGGGAAGAGACAAUGAAAGCGAUCUGCUGCACGAGAUUGACAAAGCUUUGAGAAUCGGCAAGGGAUUUCUACUUGAGCAAGAGAACGUUAUGUUUGCCCCUACAUUUAAAGCCUCGUCGGCGAAACCAGGCGUUUGGUCGCCCGGACAGACACCGCCGGUGAAGCAUCCGAGUCCUGAACGAACCAAAGAACCACCGAAGAAAGACGAGCCGAUCCUACCGGUUUGGACCCCGGCCAGCGCCGGCGCGAGCCCCGUUGCUGAAAGAAAGGAGUUUCGCCCCGUGCAAUUCGAGAGUCCUGUGCUGAGCCGGAAACAGCAGCCGAAGGAAGAGGAGGCGCCGCCACCGCCUUGGCAGAACGAGGUGGUGAAGAGGGAGAGCUCGCGAAGCGUGUACGAGAGCAGUUCCUCGCGAAUCGUCAACUCGCACUCGGCACCUUCUCAGGGGUUGAAUGCGCUCGCAUCCACACCGCGCCUGCCGCGCGCCCAGAAUCCGACCAUCACGUUGUUGCAGAAAGCAAGAGAGGGACAAUUGCCAAAGGGCGCAGCUUACUUGGUAGAGAGCGUAUCGGCUGACAAUCGUUUCACGAGUGAUGGGAAACCGCUACUCUCCCCAGGAGAGAUAAUCUACACAUUGAAGAAAGAAUAUGAGAGUGAGCCGGAAGCGGAGAAUGUACCGCCGAAGAAGAUGGCCGAUCUGGGCCCUCGAAAGUUUGAGGGGAUCGGACCGGUGACUAGGGAGGGUAUUCCUCUCGUGCUGAGAUCGGAAGUCAAGGAGAACAAUCAAGCGAAAUGGUACAAGAAAAUGUACGACUCGCUGCACCGCGCGGACAAAAACGAUGACUACGUGACUAUCAAAUACAAGGCAAGAAGAGGAGGGAGAUAUGGAUACGGAAGCAGCAGCGGAUAUUUGAGCGAACCGGAACCGCGCGCAUACUCGGAUCGAUCCGUUACUCUCGAUAGCCGCCGACGUCUGCGCAACAAAGAAAAUGACUUCACUACGGCGACUAUGCCUAGAAAGAACGGCGCGCUGAAAUACUCCACGGAGAUCUAUAAAAAUCAGCCAGGCCGCAUUGAGGACUAUGAGCCAGGACACUCGUCGAUCGCCGAGAAGGAAGCUAAAGAGUGGUGGGACGAGGUCAUGGACAUAUUUGACGGGUGGCUGAACGAAAACGGACGUCCCCAGCACGCGCACCAGCAGGCCACCCGGAUGGAGUCGUCGUCCUUGCGUGGUGGCGUUCGGCAGUCCCGUGUCCUCAGCCUCUCCUACCGGCCGGACGACAGUCCCUUCGAUCAGCGCAGCAGCGCGCGUGUCGCGGCGAAGCCGUAUAUAACUCAUGCUCUCAAAGAGUCUGGUUACGAGAGUGACUCGACGCUGGUGUUCCGCCGCAGAGAAGACAUCAGUCCGCUCAAUCCUCUGGAGCAGAGACUGGCGUAUAAAACGGUGCAGAGCGGUGGUGACGUACCCCUCCAUGGGCUUCGCAAACCAGCCCCGGAACGUCCGAAGGACGACUCGGAGAUCGAGUAUUUCCCGAUCUCGCCGACUUUGACGAGGAUUCGCGUGCACCGCGGGAUUGCGCGCUCGAGCACGUUGACGUUUCCCACGACGAAGACGACGCUGACGACAACGCUGACGACGACGCUAGAGUCGUCGGCGAUGAGAGCCCCCCGCGGCCUCUCGUCCACUAGCAGAGCUCACGCGCAAGCUAUGCCGGCACCGAGGCCGCCCUCACCGCCCCGAAGAAAGUCCUCGCGCCACAGCAGAACUCUGAGGCUGUAUUCGGCGAACACGCGAUUGAUCGAUAAUUCGCCUCAUUCCUCCCCCUCAAGACCUAGGCACGAGCAGUGCUUCGCGCACGCCGAUAGUGUGUCGAACAUCAGGUCGCUGCGAGAAAGGUUUUGCAACAAUCUCGAGAGACACCGGCGAACGCGCGAGCAGUUCCACGGUGCGAUCGCGCGCACGUCUUCUAGCAGUCCGGUUACCCCGAAGACGACCAGGUUGUCCAGUCAGCUUCCCAGCGCUUUCGCCAAGAGGAAGUCGGAUCCGUGCUUGUUGCAGGCUCAGCCCGAGGCAGGCAGGAAGCUGGUCGCAAGCAGUGCGAGAAGUCACGUUUGCUCUUCAGCACCGCCGACGCCAAAAAGUGUUCGGGAGUCUUCGAAGAUUGAUAGGCUGCCGGUAAUAAGGGUGCCAUCGCGACACGGUGCCAUUGCUGGAGAACGGCAGAGAUCAGUAAGUAGCCAAAUCGCGACGAGAACAGAAGCUUCUUCCGGUACGAGGAGAGACAAACCUCGUUUGACGAAGAGGGAACAGGAACUAUCGUGCAGGAGACUAAGCAGAUCUCCCGCUGAGCUGUCUUCGCCGGUAGAAGUUAGAAAGGUUCUGCAGAAGCGCGGGGAAGGGCAGACCAAAGUGCUUUCGUCAGGAGCAGUGGUGAGAAGCUCGACGAUUCCAUAUAGUCCUUCAACGUGUAAGCAAAAACGUCUAGCGGACAAAUCCCCCAAGAUCGUCGUGGCGGUUUCGCCCAAGGGACACGAACUGUUACGAAGAACAUCCGAACAAUCUACGCCAACGAAGAAGACGUCGAAUCAACCGAAACCAUCUACAAAGAGCACGCAAAUCACUAGCAAGACAACUGCGGAGCCAAGGAGGAAGAUUACCGCGAAGCCGCAGGAAAAAUUGAUCAUCAGCAAGGAAUCCUUGCGCUCGGUGUCUUCAUCUUGUUCUGAAGUGACCAACGAAGCGAACAGGAGGAAGCGACCUCGUGAAAAACCGCAGACAAUUGUCAAGACCCCGACAAGAAAACCAGAAACAAUACGUGUGGCUGCAAACAGCAAGGAGAGGAGAAAGAUGGAAGCGAAAAAGAGGAAGGACAAGAAUGGCGACGAAGCGAACGCGACGAAGAACGGCUGGACGGGAACAACCGAGGAGAUCAAGUUGCUGAGGAAGAUGGAGAGGAGGACGCGGAGCCAGCAAUUUUCUAAAGACCAAUCAGUUUCUCUAACCGUGGAGGAGAUCAGGAGACACCAGGAAGCGACACGUACCGACACUUUUUUUCAGAAUCUCUUCCUACGGGAUAACUUAUCGUAUUCUCGCGAACCUAUGAAGAGGUCCCUCGUUGGCGAACGUACGAAGAUGUUUCAGGACAUUGCGCGAGAGAGUUUCAGAUCAGAACCAUCUCUGAAGUCUCUCAGUGUGUACCUGGCGCAUAAGCGCCCGGUCUCGAACUCGCGUUUCAAAACCUGGGAGCGCGAGAGCAACGUCUCGUCCAGGAGUUCCAGCCCGUAUGGGGUCUGCUGGCCCGGACGAUCAAUUUUCCAGAAGGUGAGCAAGUUCGACAGUUUGCUGAGCAUCGACAAGUUCGGCUCGUCCACCACGCUACGCGAUCACAGCCCAGAAUUGUCGCGGGAGCACGUGAAAGAGCGAAGUCUCAGCGAACCGCCUCUGAAGACAUUGCCGGAAUCGAAGGAAUCUAGUCCGAGAUCCUCAUCGCCGUCACCAGUGAGAUCCCAGACGCCUCGACGAUUUCACGUUUCCAAGCAGGACAAUGCCAGCACUCCGUUGACGAUUACUUCGAAGAAGAUGAGAGCCCGAAGUGCCAGUGAAGCAGAAGAUGUCAAAAAACUUGGCUCGGACAUGUCGUUAACGAAGAGUAGCGGCUCUCUGUCAUCGAUCGAUCGCGAGGACUAUCAGCAGUACAUAUUGGAAUUGCUGCAUCACAGACGCAAGUCGAAACGAUACAAGGACUUGCGCGAUUUCUACGCCAGUCUCAGUAGGAUGGGUCAACUGGAACGUACGUUUUCUUCUGGAGACCUACGACCGAGGAUGAAGAACGAGGAGAUCAUCGAUUACGACCGUUGGAAGCAGGUCAGAUCAAGAGAGAAGGCGGAGCAGGAACUGAAAGCGCUCUACGGGAAGUUGAUGAGCGUGCAGCGCGAGAAAGACUUUCUCUUCAGCGCGAGGGAUGUUGAUAAGUUCAAGUGGCACGGCGAUUGCGGGCUGCGAUGUAAAGAACGCUCCGUGGAGGACAUCCUGCAAUAUUUCAAAAGGCUACAAACCGAGAAGACAGAAUUAGAACCUUCCGUGAGGAGGACUGCCUCUUUGCAAAACGAUACGUACAAACCUCUCUGGCGAGGCAGUUCAGUCGUGAACGUAGCGACGACGAUGCAGAAGAAAGCCAACGCCGGUCGAGACGACAACAGAUCCGCAGAGUAUCAUCCGUCCUUGCAAAGAAGCCUUGGUGGCAGUAAAAAGUUCUGGAGCAGCUUGUCCAUCGAGCAAGUGGCCACUUUGAAAAAACAGUUAAAUGAAAUCUAUGGUAGCGACAAUGCACAAAGAUCAACGCUGCGAUCGAACGGCGAGGUCAUUGAGACAUCUCGUGCAACUACCGAUCACCGAGGACCAUCCAUCAAGGCCCACGAGGCAGCUAGGGAUGAAAUCUUGUCGAGCUACGAGAUAGUUGUACCACCGGAAAGUCAAGAUACGAAAGAUCGUUUGCAGGAGGACUCAAAGGGCCUUCAUGUGCGAUGCCAUUCGAUGUUCGCAACGAACGAGUCGGCAACGUUGAAAGAAUCAGACUCGAACGUGACUCGACUUGAAGGCACCCUGAAAAGAAGCGAUUCCAUCAGUCGCUUGAAAGGCGUGGAGAGAUCCGACUCGGAAAAAUCAAUCCAACCGUCAAUGUCGGAGUUGGAGAAGAAGCGAUUGUCGUUGACCCUCGGCAAAGAGGUGCUGGACAAAAUGACGCAAAGGAGAUUAUCCUCGCCCUUAGCACCUCGAGAGACGCGUGGCAGCAUUGCUGCUGCUCUGGCGAAGGUACCCACUAAACCGCCCAUGAAACCGAAUACUAUGAAGCCGAUCUGUUCAUCCGAUACGCUCAGCGUGGCUAGCACUUCGCCAAGGACCUGUUAUUCCCUGGAGGCAUCAUAUGUCGACGACGCGACCAAGUGCAAAGACAAGAGCGACUUUCUGCUGGUGUUAACACCCGACAACGAGAGCGCCAGUGACAAGCAGCGCGUUGAGACGGUGCUCGAGGAGUGGUCGAAGAAACCACCCUUACUGGCCAUGGCGGUGCCAGAGGGUGUCUCCACAGCGAGGGCAAGUAGGAUCGUCCUGGGCAGCGACUUGGACAGCACGACGGAGAGCUCGGAGACCUCAGUGAGGACGGUGAUUCCGCGGGGUGCGAUUGAGGCGGAUGAUGUCUCGCGGAAAAUCGAGUUCUUUGAGAACGCGGAGCGAAGAAGAGAGCAGCGGCGCGAACCAGUAACGACGGCGGCGGCAACAUGUCGCAAAUGGAAGAAGCUGUCAUCGUCGCAGAGUUUCGCCGACCUGAAGGAACUCUUUGGCGAGACCGAGUCAGCCAAGUACGGCUCGCUUAGUGGCGUCGCCAGGAUCGAUCGAUCGCGAUCGACGUCGCCGCGAGGGCGAACGGCCGACUACGACGACGACCGCCGGAAAGAGGACGACAGUCCGACGCUGUCGGAAGCGGCGGCCGUGCGACAACAACGGUCGUGCCGCUCCUGUUCAUGGGAGCGUGAACGUGACACGCGGCCGCACAGCGUCAGCCCGUGUCGCGCGACCACGCGAUCGAACUCGUCCUGUAGCGUGGACAGCGGCUGGCUCCGCAGUUCGUCGCCGGAUCCCGAGAGAUACUGGCGCGCCUACCUGAAGCUGGUGCGACACGGCACGGUGCGCCGGUUGCGCGCGAGGUUCGAGAGCGCAGAGGACUUACCGCGGCGUGUCAAGAUCGCGGCCCCGCCGAAGCGCUUCCGCAGCGAUCCCGAGUUGGCCCGGAGCUUGCUGAAGAGGGUGAGCGAGGGUGACAGUCGUGGCGGAGACGUAGCCUGGUUGCGUAGGCGCUUCGAGACGCCGACGAAGAGAGGACGGCCACGAGGACGUAGGGGUGAGUCGCCACCGAUCCCUCGAGUACCGCUGCGCCGCGACAAUCUCUCGAUGCCGCACAUCGAUGUGAUUAGCAAGACCGCCGAGUUGAAGGAACCUCAGGUCACCAGCACCAUCACCAACCACGUAGCCAGGCGGGCGGAGACCAAAGAGCUCGAGGCGAGAAGAUCAGUCUACCGGAUGCGGAAGAGGUUUGAGUCCCCUCCGGAUGUCCGAGGGCGGAUGUCCAUAAUGGGCGAGAUGUUCACGUCGGCGCCGGAUGUUCGCGAGCUGCGCGAUAUCGCACCCUACCUGGCCGGAAAAUGGGUGGCACAUCGGUAUCCGAAUCGCCGUGAUAAUAUGCGUUCCUUGUCGUCACCGGCCGAUCUUGAGAUUCAUCGUGGCACUCCGAAGAGGGACUCAUCCAUCGCUGAGGACAAGAAGAAGAGACCAGAGCGACCGCGUGCCACUUCUUCAUCGCCGACACGCCCGAAGAUCCCUGCAUCGAUCCUCAAACCGUCUGCGCCGGCCUUUGCCGGCCAGCCCUUCGACCCUGAAAAACACAGACCAAGGUUCAGGUAUCAACCACCGCCCCCACCGCCCUCACCGACUGCCAUGCGAAAGCAUCGAACCUGGUGGCCGACCUUGCCUGUCUACACAGCGCGACCGACCGUCACUUUCGAAGAAUACUCGAAUGCACCCCCGCCGCCACCAAAAUCACAGUACUGCAGGGACGAGCGUCAAGAAUCGCCGAGGCGUUAUGUGGAGGGCGAGGUGACGAUUCACUAUCGCUCGCCGGUGCGUACAGAGGCGAAGGAGCCGCUGAGCGAGGAGGAGCUCGCGCGCCGCAGCGCGGAGAACAUGCGGCGCGUCUACCAGGAGGAGCGCCGUCGCAAGUACCUCCAGGAGCUGCACGACAUCGACUCCCGCAGGCACACGGACAACUUCAUACCCUCGCAGAAGUCGCCCAUACCGCUGAAUCGCUACGACGACUUCGUGGAUGAUUUGAGCCAGAGAAGCCGAUCCCAGGAUCAAACACCGGAGCCGCGUCUGGUGGCGAGAGCGCUCUACAAUUUCGUCGGACAGUCGUCGCGGGAGUUGACCUUCCGACGCGGCGACAUCAUAUUCGUGCGGCGGCAAGUGGACAAGAACUGGUACGAGGGCGAGUACAAUGCGAUGAUCGGACUUUUCCCCUCCAACUAUGUCGAGAUCCUGCCGUACGAUGGUACCAUGCGAACGACACCGAAGAAAGCCCACGAAGGACAGGCACGAGCGAAGUUUAAUUUUGUCGCUCAGACUAAUCUCGAAUUGUCCCUGGUGAAAGGCGAACUGGUGGUCCUGACGAGAAGAGUCGACGAGAACUGGUACGAAGGGCGCAUAGGAAACAGGAAAGGGAUAUUCCCGAUCUCCUACGUCGAGGUCAUCACGGAACCCGGACAUCGAUCAGAGACGCCGAUUCAGAACAAACCGGUUGCGUCUCCGGCGGCGCACAGUCUCCUGGCGAACGGCUCGUCCGGCGGCAAGAUGAGCAUGGGACCCCAUCAUUACGUGCCGUCCAUCCCAGUCAAUAUCAACACAACCCAGCCCCAUUAUAAUUCACUGCCACGUAUGGGAGGGAGCAAGCUGCACGUGUCACAGCUCAGCGAGACAUUGCACAUCGACACGCACUCGGAACCAAUUCCGUAUCGGGCAUUGUACAACUACAAGCCGCAGAACGAUGAUGAGCUGGAGCUGAAGGAGGGCGACACGGUGUACGUGAUGGAGAAGUGCGACGACGGAUGGUACGUCGGCUCCAGCCAGAGGACCGGCUACUUCGGCACCUUCCCGGGCAACUACGUGGAGAGAUUGUGAGGAAGGCCGACGAUCCAGGACUUGGACGCCGCGGGGCGCGUCAAAGCCCAGGAUAGCAGUCACCAAAGCACUAGACGGAAUCGUUAAAAUAGACACCGAUAUUUACCCGGCGUUUAACCGAUCACCUCCAGCGGUAUGAGCGAUCUUCGAUCGAGGCGUUGAAGCGUUUUUGCGAGUAAAGUGUCUGGUACGUUUCCGCAGAAAGACGGAAUCUCGUCUCUUUCUUUUUCUCCUUCUGGAUUUUUGUUUUACUUCAUUUUAUUUUCCUCUUUUAUUAUAAUCACAUUUAUUAAAUCUUCUUUUAUAUGUUAUAAUUUUAUGAUUAUCAAUC